CUGGUCGUGACGGUUUCACGUGGUCAUAGCGCGCGUAAGUUGCGCGCCCGCGUUUCACGUAUUUGUUUAGACGCUCAUUGUCAUGACCGUCUCGCCGUGGAGACAAUAUUGAGGAGUGCCUUGCCAACGGCCAUCGAGUGCCUCGGAAACCGUCGAUCGCAUCGUCGCAAUCGAAAGUAUCAUUCGAUGCACUUUGCAAGCCUAACCUAACUUGUCGUGGAAAAAAGAUCCAUCGGCCCGAACGCGUCAUUUCUGCAGUGUUAAUUCUGGCGACGAACGAUCGACGGCUGCAGUUCGAUUGCGCGGAUUUACGCAGAUUCCCGCGAACAAAUCGGAGGUCGAUCUAGGGUCGAUUUAGGAUCGAUACGGGCGGCAGCCAAUCACGACGCGCCGUCACCCUUGCGGCUCGCUGAUUGGCCGACGCGAGCGUAAGGGAAUCUCGCGGGCUGACGGCAUUGGUUUUGUCUUUCGGUUGUCGGCAAUUAUGACGAGAGGAUGCUCGCGGCGAACGACGCGGCUCCGAGGCUAGACAAUUUCGCCCUGAAAGAAUGGCUCCGGCAGGCAGAGCCGCGCAUCCCGCGCGCCGUUCUUCUCCAAAAGCUGAAGAACAACCUGGAGAAGCUGGGCCUCGACAAGGCCGACGUCCACCGAGGGCUGCUGCAACUGAUGUGCAGACCACGGGUGGUGUUGGAACGACGUCCCCUCUCCGCGAUACAGGGAUGUCAGGUGUCUCGAGAGGACAGGAAGUUGUCUGCCACGGAUGACAGGAAGUCACACAGGAGCGACAGGAUCAAUUUACACCACUAUCGCAAGAGAGAUGGACGUGAUAAGAGGAAUGGAUCCGAGAAGAGCACGGACUGUGGGAGCAACGAGAACCACUGUAGCAGCGAGUACAGGAAACACGAUAACACCGAUGGACGUGACAGGAUUGGCGAAUGCGAAAAGAGUAGUGGAUCUAUGAGAAAGGAACAGCAAGAGUUGGCGUCGAAGAAAGUGCAUUCGAUGCCGGAGUUAGAUGACGGGCCAUGGGUACAUCUAAAUAGCUGCGUUGCACAAGUUGAUAGGAGAAAACAAUCUCUUAAUGAAAGGACUCGUACUGUCGAGGUACAGAGACAAUCUUAUGCCAAAUCUAGCGCCGAAGUACGUAAAGCUGACUCGAGCGUCCCGGAAGUUGGUUCACCGGGUAAUGAGAUAUCUUACAAGCACCUCGCGAAAAUGGCAAAGGAGAAAACUCAAAGAAGUUUGGGGAACGACGAUAGGAUAUCAAAGUACAAGUUAAUUGAGCAAGAUAAAAGUAGGGAUAAGCUCAAAAGACACUUGAGUACAGAAGAAACAACGCUAUUUCCUACAGAAGCCACAAGUGCUUUGACAGUCAUAUCUUCCAGUAUUUUAAGGGUACCUGAUGAAAAAGUCAGGAAACGAGAAGGAAAUAGAGAAAAGAGACUGAAGAAAAGUUCACAUGACAGAGAAUUGAUAACUCAUUCUAAAAGACCUGCCAAUAUUAUCAGGAUCACUGUUUCUAGUAAAUGCAGAGUAUCUGAUGAAGGAUUGAAGAAUGUAGUUGAAGAAAGAACUCAGCCCAAGGAGAGAAUUCCAGAAAAGGACUCGAAAAACAUUUCUCCACAGCGAGGUAGCACAGGAAGCAGCAAGGAAACUUCUUUUCUAUGUCAGAGCAAAGUGGAAGAGCCAAGAAAGGAAAAUUUUGAUGAUCUUAAAACAAAUACACAAAAGGAGGAUUACAAAAAAGAAGGAAAGUAUUUUGGCAUCAAACAUAAAAAAAUUGAAGAAGGCAAACAAGGUGAAAUAAAAGCACAAAAGAGAAGAAGAAGACACGAAAAAUAUCGUCAACUCUUUGGUGACAUGACGUCAAGCGAUGAUGACGAAGAAAGUAAAGUAGAUCGUUAUGUAUCGAAAAAGAAGUACAUGUCUGUGCAUGAUUCUGUGAAAAUGGUACCAAAACAUGGAUUGCCAUCUGAAGACAAAUAUAAAAAAAGAAAAAUAUCACCUGAUUCGACGAAAGAAGAUAUUAAAUGUAGAGUUUCACUUGAACCUUUAAGUUUGCCAACGGUGCACCAAAAUGAGAAAAUUAGUCCAGUUGCAAUACUUUCGUCAGCACAAAAGAAUAAUAGAGUAGGCAUCGAGUCUCCUAGUCUUGACAGUGACAGGAUCGAUCCUUUGGUAGAGAAUAACAUGAAAGAAAAAGAUAUGGAUUUGGAAAAGUGUCCAACUCCUCGGGUUCUACCUGACAGUAGUACGUGCUCCAGUGAUGUGGAAAUCCAGCCGCAUCAAAAUAAAGUAAAUAAUGAAACUGGAAACACUAGAAGUGUAAUUAGACUAAAUCGUCAGUCAAUAGAACGGUGUUCAACUCCAAGGCAAGCACCUGAUUCAUCUAUGCCACAGGAGAAGGAUGAUCUUGAUCAGUCAGGUUCAUUAAUAAUGGAUUUCGACAGUCCUUCCGAUGCCGACCCAAAUUCCCCAGCCUGUAGCGAUGACAUUGACAAAAACGUUGAAACUCCAAAAAUAGUAUCUACUACAGUUACCAAACCAGCACAGAUUCCAAAGGUUGCCUCAAAAAAUUCCAAUAAUUCUACUCUAAUUGAUUCAGCAGCGCAACAGGAUUUAUAUCAACUUCUCAACAUGGACAUGAACGAUGGAUGUAAAUUCACCCUUAAUGGAAACGUGCUCAGUAUCCAGGAAUCGAAGCAGUCAGGAAUCAACGAAGGAGCAUUAGGUACCUCAAAAGUAUCGACAAAUGAUGCAUCUAUUAAAUCAAACUUAUCAGUGUCUAGUCAAGAUAAGUUAACCAAUGACAUGAUUAAUGUCCAAAUUCAUAGCAAUUUAAGGACUAAAGCGGCCAUUGAACAAACUGUAAGCAAAGCUGUACCUAGUCAAGAUAAAUCAACCACUGAACCCUCAAAUACUUCAAUAUCGAAAGAUUCAGUUGCUUUAGAGCUGAAAAAUGCUGAUAAAGAUAUUGACAAAACAAUCUCCAUUAAGCAGGAAAUCAAAGUAGAACAGACAGAGAAAGACUUGGAAGAAAAUCUUCAGAAUGCCGGGGAACUUAAUAAGGAUACUACGAAUCAAAGAACAAAUAAAAAAAAUUCGUCGAAUGUAGAAGGUCCCAGUAUAAGUACUUCAAAUGAGAUAGUUACCGAGUCCAGUACUGUUAACAAGGAUUUGUCCAUAGAGCAUGCUGCAAAUAAGGAAACUGCCCCAGAGCAGUUCGCUCAGUCAGUUGCACUGCCUCGGCUGCGGGUACUUCAUCCAAGGGAGCUUGGUUCUAGGUGGGCUCCUACCCCGAUGCCUUCUAUUUCAGAAAACUCCUGUAGCCCUGAAACUUUAAAUCAGAACAUGAGUCGACAGUUUACAGCUAGUUCAUGUGAUACAAGCAUGAGGGCUCAGGUUUUUACUUCACAGAUGCCUUGUACAGUGGCUGGACCUCAAGAUGUGUUGUCGAAUACAUGUACCAAUUCUCAGCAACUGCAAGCAUCGUUCACUGCCUCUUAUAACCCUAACGUGCAACAAUCAGUUUCUGUGACUAACAAGGAUAGUGGUCUAACACAGGCUAUCUCAUCAAUCAUGAAUUAUCCAACAAUGGUGGAAGUGAUCAAUUCUCUCAUUACAUCUAACAUGAAGACUCAGAAUCCUACAAUGAAUUAUAGUCAACAGGCUUCUACUUCGUCGGUAUCAUACAAUCCCAACGUUCAAGCAUCCAGUGCAUCCAGUGCAUCUGGUGCACCUGGUGCACAAUUAAUUUCACAAGGAAGCGCACAUGGACAAUUUGUCUUGACCUCGCACCAAGAAGCUCCUCUCAAUGUUAAGCAGCAAACACCGAAUACUUUACCUGCCACAUCCAUGCGACAAGCAGUUCCUCCGUCUGUCCAGUGUUUGCAAACAUCCAUACCAACCGCUCAUCAAUCUUCUUCCAGUAGUGCAAUAAAACCAUCCCUGCAACAAAAUAUUCAUAACGUUGCUACGUAUCACCGUCAACCACAAGUGUCUCACAAUCUUAACUUCAAUCAGCAGCAAUCUGUUCUUCAACAUCACGUAAAUAAUUCAGUAGAGCAACAAACUCUCGAUAGAGAGAGGGAAGAUGCCUUAAUGGAGAAAAUUCUUGUCAACAUCAUCGACAUCAGGCAACGAGCACAGAAGCAAAGGAUCCUCAAAGCACUCUCUGUGCAGAACCCGCACAAUAAUGAAAUGUUUCAAACAUAUCAAGACUUGUACACCAGUUGCAAAACUUUGAAUGGUUACUUGAUGCAACUAGCGACACUGAUAGGCACGGUGGAUAAUACUUACCUACUACAGUAUACUUUGACAUCCGUGAACAACAGGCUAAAACAGGCUAGAUUAAUUCCAUUAACAAUGAAUGAGUUUAUAGAAAUGUCUCACUAUAGCCAGGUGUCAAAUAAACCUUCACCUCCACCUCCAUAUGAAAAAGUCCAUUUCGGUACAGAAGGUGCUUCUAGAGUGCAAUGUGUUUCUUCUAUGCAAAAUGCUGACACAAGGGAAAGUGGUAUUAGUACUCAGUCUGAUUCGAUGAAGAAAACGCAAGGUGUUAACGCAAGAGAGAGUCCCGCAACGUACCAAGUUCUAAUAAACUCUCCAGUGAUAUUUACUGAAUUACAGAAGAUCAUACUAAACCAACAGAUACUGGCCUACAGGGAAAUAUGGAAGACGUCGGAAAGGCUGUAUAGGGAAAUAGAAAAGGUGCAGCAGCAAUCGCAGCAAAGGUCUCGCAGAGAGCAACAAGGGAAGCUAAACAAAAUGCAGAAGGGAAGCGUCAUUGAGUCUGCCAAGAAAAAGAGACAAUUCAACGAUUUAAAUGGUAAUGUCGAGGGGAAGAGAGUGAAUCUGGUGCAACAGGAAAUGGAGAGUUCCUGUCAAGAAAGGUCUUUGUUAAGCUGUUUGGAGCAAGUGGUAAAUGAUGUAGCAACUGGAUGUAGCAAUACAAACAAAUCGGUGCCUACAUCAGUAUUGAAGGAAACACAGGAGUUAACGUCAAAGCAAGUACCAAAGCAAGUUCCGCAAAGACUGCCGAGUUUAGUAUCGAAACAAGUACCUGAGUCAGUGCCUGAGCCAAUGGUGCUGCCACAGGAGCAGCAUCCAGAGUGCCUUAGAGAGAUCAAUGAUCCUUCGGAGAUUGAAGUUAUCUUUGAGCGUAAGGUAUCACAUGAUUCUGUUUUAGUGACGCUUAAACCCAGAGAGGUCUCCGAACAAGCAAACAGUUUAUUUAAUAAGGCAUCGCAAUCCAUAGAAGUGCCUAGUAUUUUAGAUGUUCGGUCUAUACCUGAAGAUCAAUUUUAUAAAGUAGGUGAAUCGGGAGAGUUUUCAGAAGUAGUCGAUAAUUUAAAGCUAGAUAAAUUCAAUAGGAUAAGAAUCCCGGAAGGGAGAGGAAAAGACUGUCCGAGUGUAUCGGUAGUGCAAGAUAAUGAACAAGUUAACGAUGAGCGGAAUGGUACCCGAACAGAAGAGAGGUCAGACCAAAACAGAUUACAGGAGCAAGAGAACGCAGAUAAGAGUGAUGGUGGAGAUAGAAAGACGCAGGAUCAGGAAGAUGGGGAUGAAAAAAGUCAGCAGCAAGAGGAUGUAGUCCAAGAUGAAUGGGAACAAGAAGAUAGAAACCGAGGCAAGCAGAAGAAACAGGAUGAGAGCAAACAUAAUGAAAAGCAGCAAGAAGAGAUAGUGGAGCACGAUAAAGCAGAACAAGGACAAGAGGAAGAUACACGAUGUCAGGAAAUUGUGGAGCAGGAAGAGCCAUUGAAUCUGGUACAUGAGUCAAAUGAGCGGAAUUCAAAGAAUAAAGAGUGUGAUAAACGAAUGGAAGAAAAUAUGCCUAGCGAAGGAGAAACGGAAGAAGUACUCGAUGCCCAAACAGAACAAAAUGAUGCGGAUGAUGAAAACCAGAAGCUCUGCUUAUACUGUAACGAGAGAGGGAAGGUUGUUUGCGGUGUGUGUUAUAAAGCUCCAUAUUGUUCAGUAGAGUGUCAAAUACAACACUGGAACAAAGAACACCACUAUAUUUGCGUACCGGCUGCAGGUGUCAUGCACACUGAUGAAGCAUCCCAAAGUAAUCACAACUCUUCUGAUACAUUUUCCACAAGUUCCUCAUCCUGAUAAUUUUCCCAUGACUACUGUUUAAUAUAUUGUUCGUUGUAGCUUUUCUAAAAAAUGAUUAUAUAAAUGUUAUUACCCUCAUCUCUUUAUAAAAGCUUUUAUUACAAACAGCAAUGUUUCUGUGAUGUUUCUAUUGUUAGCAUAAGUGUUAAUAACGCAUAAUACAAUUUAAAUAAGAGAGUUUUCGAUUUUGUA